AUGGCGUUCAUGCGGAGAAAGUCCGUUGUUUAUCAUGAGGAUGUUUAUACCGAGGACUUUGAACCACAACGGCGUCGACGACUUUCCAAGCCAAACACCAAGUCGAUGAAGGACUUGUCAUCUACGAUGACCGUCCACACAUCCGGGAAGAGAGGAUCCAGCAAUGCUUCGCAAGCAGAUCUUCAUAGCUUGUAUCCAAAUGAGUCGAGAGAGGCCUUGAGGUCAAAGUUGCUCGCCUCCAGCUCAGAUGUAGCAUUAACCAAAGGACAUGGAACAGGUUCGAUGGUGGCAGCUACAGCAGCGAAAUAUGAGAGGAACUCACUGGCAUAUCCAUCACAAAUGUCGCCCACUUCCUCGAAAGGGCUGCAGCACUCAAUAUCCCGUUUGUUGAGUUUCAAGGCGCCGUCCGAAAGUCACGAGCCUGGCGCGAGCAAUCCUAUGAGCAAGGACCAGUACGGCGACUUUAACUUCGGUAGUGUUAGCCCUUCAGCUUCGUCACUCGAACAAGUUGCUCAGGAUUCUGCACCGCCAGCCAGGAGAACGGCUUCAUUUACACCUGGGAUGGCAACGAGGGCGACCAACUCGCAGAAUAACCUCAUAGCUGUGGCGCCUCUGUCUCCACCAAUUCGCGUUGAAGUGAUGCCCGGCGAUGAUACCGACAAACAGGCACCGAGCAUUGAAACGGGUGAACCCUGGACUCCGCCGCCACAGAACAACCGCCCGGUGACGCCAAUGAGCCUUGAAUAUGGGCAUAUCGGUAGACUGGAUUUAGGCUCUUUAAGGGUGGUGAACGGUUCUCCUGCGCCAAGUGAAAUUUCGAAAUACAGCAAGCCCAUGUUAUGGUCAUCUGGCGUACGAAGGAACACCUCAAGUGUUUACGAGUCCGACUAUGGCACCAUGAGGUCUAGGAAGGCGAUGAGUCUCACUCCGGAGAAUGAAAUGGUAUCCGCAUUGAGCCGGCCCAGCGUACAGACAAGGGAUGUUCAUGGAUCAUCGACGUCCAAGGUUGGUGCAGAUUCACGACCUCGACACCUGUUCGAUGAGACUGUGCACCAGGGACACAUUGGACCGGCCAAAGUCACGGAAACCAGCGAUGCUACGAACGACAUGGCAGAGAAUUAUAGAGCAGAGUUGCCACGGAGCCCAUUUAUGAGCUCUUCUCCACCACAAUCGCCAGGUUCAUUACCAUGGAGGACGACAGAACCACUGUCUUCUCCCAUACUUAGUGCAAUGUCACCACAUUCGUUUGCUGCAGGUUACGACAAUUCCGAUACCAGGUCUCAGAAGGCCGACCACUUUGUGCGAGAAGUUCCGAUUAGAUCGAGGAGAUCGUCUAAUUUGGCUACACACACUGAGUCGCCACAGGCUCAGCAUUCAAGCCCCUUGUUGCCAGCUCAAAUUCCACACAGAUCGCAUUCGCCUGAGUCUUUCUUCUCGGCACCUGAAUCCAGCGACGACGGGAACGAUCACUUCAAGUCUGCAGUUGAGCUACAGCCAAACAGAGACCGAUCUAGAUCGCCCAAAAAGUCCGUUCACGCAUCGCCCUUAAAGCAAGUCUUCGGAGCUGGACAUUUUGAUAUGCAGCCGCCUAAUGCCUCGGAAUGGGAUAGUGGUUACAGUUCGCACACGUCUCUCAGUAUAGCUAGCCUAACGAAUGAAGCUGCGGAUCGUGAUUCUGAGGCCCUCAAAGGUGCCCUGGCAGACAGGCAUAGAUAUGAUCGCAUGAACCCUCAAAUUGUCAGGAAGCUAGGUCAGCCUGUCUCGGUAAAUAUUCCUAGUCCACACGCGGCUGUCAGCCCUGUCGUUGCCAAAAUCGAAAAUUCAAAAGCUUCAUCAGACUUGCCAUCGAGCAACGUGAUUGGCAAAGAUGCUGUUGCAGAGACAGCGGUCACGCCCAUUCAAACCAAGGAGAAGCAACGGAAAAGAUUGACGAAGUUAAGACGCAAGUCGGGCAUCAACCCAGUUGGGGAACUUGUGGUACAUCGACUAGUAUCAAUCGAGGGACUAAAUAUCCCGCCUGUCUCGACGACGGCUCGAGCAAACCUGGCUAUGCGCUCCGAAGCUGUCCCUGAAUUAGACAGGACGUACAAAACGCAGAACCAUACGGCUCUUGAUCCUAAAGCCUCAACUUUGUCCUUGGCUCAAUAUAAUCCGGUCUUGCGGUUUCCAUCACCUGAGCCGGAGCAAGAUGAGCCACGCUCUAGACGCCCACGAUCGCGGUCACGUACUAGAGGGCGAUCACUUUCACGUCCUAGGUCUUGGUUUGGGUGGUCGAAGGACAAAACAAUCGAGCAAAAGAAGUCAUCUAAUGCAGUAGCGCAAGAACCUGAUUUGAAGGACCUUGGUUCGGUAAUAGAUCUCCUAGGUACGAAUCCAUACGAUAUCGCCCAGACGAGGAGACAAACACAUUCACCAUUGUUGCGCCAGCAAAGUUACGAUCGAAGUGACAGUUUGCAGCGAAGAACGACGCCUUCAAAUAUCACGACAACCCCUGCGCGACCAAAGUCGAUGAUGGAUGACGCAGCAGCUUCCAAGCUCUCGAAGAUUCGACGACAGUCUCAAAUCGAGAGGACCUCACAAGCAAUAUCUCGCAGGUCUUUUGAUGAUCGUGGAGGGAUUCCUGGGAAAGUUCCGCAUUCAGCUAGGUUAAGCAUUGAUGCUCCUCCACUACCUCCACUACCAAAGAAAGACGAGAUCAAGAAGCGCAUGUCUAUGAAAUCUGGGCGAGAGUUAUCGCACAGUCCUGUCCCGAUUGAGGAGACGCAGGCGACGGAGCCGGCGUUGACCACUCAAGAGCAAGAGGAGGCGCCUCCACCACCACCUCAUUCACCACUACCAAGCUUUGUGGAUGACGAUGGUGACUGGAAGCAGCCAGAACACUAUCCAUGGCACAUCCCGCCACCUGUCACAACGUUUGCGGACUACAACCAUACCAACGAUGGUCCUCUUCACGAUAAUUUCGGUCAGGAAGACGCACCCCCACCACCUCCGCCACAUUCGCCUUGUCCUCAAGACGAGAGAGAAGGAAGGUCAAGAGAAGUCAGCUGGACUGCCCAGGCUGAAGCUUGGCGGGACAGGAAGCGUUCAGCUAGUGCCAAGCUCAGAAACUCGUGGCAUGCUCGCGACGAGAGUACACAUCGUGCACGCAGAGACUCGUCAACAUGGCAAGCUCCUGUUCAGUAUACGGAAGCACCCUACGAGGCUCACAAGCCCGUGUUGUAUAACAACAUGAAUGAGAUGUGGCAUCAAGGACAAGGAUACGACGGUGUUUCUGCUCACGCAUACUACCCGCCGCAAAGGCGUGCUUACACCUACGACGACAGAUAUUAUGGAAAUGAGGAUAAUCAGUGGCCUUCCCAGGUCUGCGAUGGAGCUCCCGACCUCGAUCACUGGCAGCAGGAACCGUACUACCAACAAUGGCCUAUAUCCAACGUUGCAAAUGCUCACCAGUUGCCCCGGACGCAAACCUGGACAGACAGCGACCAACGACAUUAUCACAACCAGCCAUAUCGAUCACAGCAACCAUACGACUAUUACGGUCCCCCCAGGCCUUCCUCAAGGCGAUACUCGAACGAAUACUACAACGAUCCAAUGUACCAUCCUCAAGCCCCAAGAUCGCACAGGUCUCGUCCCACAUCACGACAUAGCCAAACGCGUGAUCCCCGGCCUACAUCACGACAUAGUCAAACACACGUCUCUCGCCCAACGUCACGGCACAGCCAACACUCGCGCAGGUCAUUCGCGGAACAACUCCAUCCCGAACCGGUUGAUGUCCCGCCUGCACCACAAUUCAAGAGUGCGCAGUUCCCGCACCCUGGGAGGUACUCAGGAGGCCUGGACUACGACUACCGCCAGCGAUCGCAUGGCUUUGCGGAUUCAGCUGGUGCUGGUGCUGGUGUUGGUGCUGGUUAUCCGAGUGGAGGAAAGCAGCAGCAGCAUGGCAUUAAUAGAGGUAGCUGGCUGGAUAUGGAGGCUUAUGGUGUUGAUCUGGGGGAUGUGCCUGCUAUGCGGGCGCCGGUUCGUGCAACGGGUCUGACAAUGAUCUAUCGUUGA